GCUCAUUUUUCUCCCAUCCAUCCCGCGCCAUUGCCAUUGCUCGUUCGUCGUGUAGAUCCUCAGGCCAUGCUGGAGAAGGGCGCUGCUACGCCGCCGGGCUCUGGCCCGUCAUCGCCCACGGCCAGUGAGGCCUCGUUCCAAGCGGAUCGCAAGAAGGCGGCAGAACAAGUGCGGGCCAACAUCGAGAAGUUCGUAGACGGGCUCAUGAGCGAGAAGUACACCCUGGCACAGCUCCUGAAUGAGAGUUUUUCGCUCGAGAUGCUGGAGCUGCUCUUCAAGCGUAUGACUGGCCGGCUACGCGGUAUAUUGUUUUCACGGGAGAAGACGCUCGAGUUCAUCCGCUUGGCGCUGGACGCGAGUUAUCCACGACACACUCGGGCCAUGGCCGCACAGUUCAUCGUUGUGGGCGGCGCUGUAAACGCCAUUGCGGCCUGUGAGCCAGGCCAGCCGCAUCAGUGCUCGGAGUUCUGGGACUCGAUCUUCGACACGCUACAGCGCGAGGCCGACGGCGUGUCGUCCAAGUGUGACACUCCACUACGCCGCAAGGAGCGGCAAGCCUCUGUGGCCGAACUAGAGGAGCUCAUCCAAGUGGCCGUGCAGGUAUUCGAGAAGGACGGCGCGCAGACUUUGCAGCAGAGUUUCGCUGAUCACCAGGAGGAGAACGGGGGACACGAGGACGCGCUGGCCAGACAACGCAAGUCUUCGGCCAGGUCGUCGCUUGGAGCUGACGCUGAUGCAGCUCCGAUCAAGGCCAUUGUGUCGCCGCUGCCGUCACCCAGAACUCCGGCCAAUGGCGAGUGCAACUUAAUGGAGGAGACAGCUGAACAAGGGGGUGCGACGCACAGGGAUAGCGCGGAGAUCUCGGGUGUGACGGAGAGAGAUGAGGACUCCGACUCGGACGAACCAGAUGACACAGGCAUCCCGGCCCCGUUGACAACCGAGGUAAACGAGACGGCCAUGUACGGAAUCUUCAGCCACGAUUCGGCCAACUUCGCGUCGCAAGUGUUACGGUACUUUGCCAUUCGAGGCCAGAAAGGCGCAUGUAUCUUGCAUUUUUUGGCGGAGCACCCGGCCACAGUGGACAUGUUGCUGGCCAACAUUGGCCACGAUGAUAUUCGCACUUUACUGCUGCACCUCAUCUACGCCGAGCACUCGGAGGCGGCCAUCACGUCGCUGUUCGAAACGCACAUGAUGCAGAAGUUGAUUCAGAAACAGGUGACUUUUUCCCCGCCUCGCAACGCCUUCGAGCGUGACUGCAUUGAAAACACCUUCAUGUUGCUGCGUGAGAUCGUGCAUGCGCCGUAUUUGACAGGACGCGGCGUGGCUAUCUCGGCCAAGACCAUCCCGCUGGACAAGGUUACAGGCCAGGACGAGUACGUGUCGAUCUGUGGAGCCUCACGGGAGACGGCCAACUCGGCACUGCGCAAAUACACGUCUCGCAAGGUUCGUCGCCUCAUCCAUCUGUUCAUGCAGGAGCACCAGGCCGCGUUAGAACUGCUCUUCGUGCAGAUGAUCAAGGAGCUGACUUUCUGGAGUACACCGUUGACGCGUGAACGACGAGGUAGUGUGGCUUCACUCGAGUCGUUGAUGCUGUUGUCGCAGGGCCAUCCACGGCCGACGUGCAUCACCAUGCUCAUGCAUCUGUUUGAGUUGACGGAGACGGUGGAAUUCACCGACACUCGGAGCGCUGGUGGCAAUUCCGCUGCGUCUGUGGGCAUUGACUGUCUCAACUUUUUGUGCUCCACUCACCUCAUGCGAAAGGGAAACCUGUUGGUCAAAAAGAAGCUGAAAAACGAGUUGCAGUUGUGUCAGGUGAGUUUGAACUGCAUGAUGGGCCUCCGAAUGACAGCAGUGCGUGAAGAUCAGCCGCCCAAGUCGGCCACUCUGGACCAAGCGUUCACGCCGAAUCUAGGCAACCAAAGUGUCAUCACACUCGACGAGAUGGAGACUGUGCAAAGCUCAGACUGGCAUGAGUUCGGCUUCAGUGUGACUGUGAAGAAGAAACUCCCCGAUGCCAGCAAGACCUCUCCAGCCACACAACACGGAGCGGUGACGCCCGCGAAUGCCAUGGUGCACCACCAACGAAGAAACGGGAAGGAGGACGAGUCCUCAACGAUGGAAGUCAAGUCUAUUGAGUACUUUGCAGCUUCGUCAGAAGAAGAGAAGCAGGCGUGGAUUACACUACUACAGGCCGUGAUUGAUGGUGACCUGAAUGAACUGGAGAUCUUCUGCAGCGAUGACUGGCGUAGCAACGUGCGAGAGUAUCGACGACUGCGUGAGUGUCUGAUCACGUGUAUGGAGCGCAAGGGCCACGAACUUAUGGUGUUCCUGAAGCAAGUAAUCACUUUCAACACUCGCAGAGCAUCAGGUUAUCAUCUCUGGUCAGUGGUUAAGUGUCUGAACUCCGUGUUAUCUAACGAGUCGAAGCGAUUGGACCGAAUGUUCGUCGGUGCCCACGUGAUCACCACACUCAUCACUUGUUACGAGAAAUACCCCAUGUGGAACUUGCUGCUGGGUGAAAUCACGAAGAUGUUGGUGUUCUGUAUUGGCGAUUUCAAGAGUAAACGCUCGCGUAAAUGCCCCAUUAUCGGCCGCAUCUUACAAACUGAAGGUGAAGACGCCAAGUUGGCACCUCUACUCUGCAAGGUGUAUCUGAACCGUGACGCGAUCGACAGCAACGGCGAACAGGAGUACGACAACUUGGUUGGCACCGAUGCCUUUUCCAAUCUGAAGCUCAUUAUGGAAGCCUUGAAAAUGUGCUACAAGGACCCGAAGACGAGGAGUCAGGAGCGUAUUCAGUGUGAUAUGAAGACCAAUCCCGUGUGGCGGAAACUGGUCAAUGCAUCGGAAGAACUGGCCAAGAAGGACCCUUUCAGCUGCAUUUUGACGGUUGGAACUCCUCCUGCGCUCUCUCCUGCGGAUGUUUCGAACUCGUCGUCCCCGCCGUUUGGAGCGAAUGCACCCACUCCUCCCACGUUCCAGGAAGAUAUCAUUAACCAGAUCAGUCGACCAAGUUAUUCCACUGCACAUGGCUUCGGAUCUUCGUUCUUGGAAGGAGAUGGAUGUGCGUUCGGAUACCUGUUCAAAGAGCGACACGGCGGUCGUGAGUGGAAGAAAGCGCUUGUAGUGUACGAGUACGUCUCACAUAAACUGUGGUAUUUCUAUCCGAGUGAAGUGGAUGAAACACACGCGAUUCAGUGGAAGUGGAUCGUCCCUCUGUCAGUACGAAGUCGCUACACUCACGGCCAGGACGAGACCCACACGUCUGUGGGUCACCACGGUCUGUACAUCACAGCGUACGACCACCAACAAAGCGACGAGGACAGUAAAGUGUCAGCCAAGGAGAUGCAUUUCAGCGUCACUAAGCUGGAAGACAGAGACCUGUGGAAGGACUUGCUGUCCAAUGCAGCCGACACAAUCCAGAAAAUGGCUCGGGAUUAUUCCGUGUUAUCGCAGAAGCUCAAGAAACCGGACAAGAAGACGGUCACACACUGUCAAGACCCCACAUGCAACACGCCGUUCAAGCUCUUCCGUCGUCCACACUCGUGCAAACGGUGCGGCAAGUGGAUGUGUGCCAAAUGCACGUCUCAACGCAUGUCGAUCCCAGAGGUUGGGCUGCUACAUCCAGUGCGUCACUGUCGUGCGUGUUUUGAAGAGAACGGAGGCGCUCAUGCCGAGACGGAGCCGUUCAACUUGUUCCACCUCAAAGAUGCCAAGAGGAACUGCAGUUCAAACGGAGUCGGCGCAAAUGUCGCCGCUUCGUUAGGUUCCCAGAACGGCACGCUUUCUAAUGCAGAGCUGUAUGAACUGGCACAUGGCAUGGUUUCUCCUCGUACACUCAUGCAGAUGAACCGGCGAUUGACAAGAGUCAGCUCGAUCGAUUCGCCCACAGGAGGCGAGAACGGUGGCUUCCACGCGGACGAGAUCAACGCGCCAGGGAGUCUUGGCGCUGAGAAUCUGUCCUCGUUCGCGGACGAUGAGGACGACUUCUCCCCGUUCUCUUCGUCUGUGUCACGUCGCAGUUUACUGAAUCCUCGGGAAGAUAUCCGCGGCUGAUAGAAGACUGGAUCGAAGCCAAAUGAUAGAUGUUGCUAGCGAUAGCAGUUUGUAGGUAGGCCAAAUAAGGUAGUUUUAGUAGGACAUUUGGGCCCUUGCGACUGCGGAGUCCAGUCAGUGGCAGGUAGCGAGUGAGAGAAACAAUUCUGAACAAUACAUGUGUGCAGUGAAUUAAUGCAACAGCAACA